GGCGGAAGCGCGGCCGGUGCGCGGCCAUGGGCGCCCGCGGGCUGAGGGAGGCCGUGGUGGAGCUGGAGCCGGGACAGGCCCGCGAAGGCAGCACGGACAGAGAGCCUGCCGAGGGCCAGCCUGUGGUCAUCCUGCUGGGCUGGGCCGGCUGCCAGGACAAAUACCUGGCCAAAUACAGCGCAGUCUACAGCCAGAAGGGGUGCACGGUCAUCCGUUACACAGCUCCAUGGAGGAUGAUAUUCUUCUCCGAGACCUUUGGCAUCAGAUCCCUGCAGACCCCAGCCAGGCAACUCCUGGAGCUGCUCUUUGACUACAGAGUUGAAAACAGACCGGUUCUUUUCCACGUUUUCAGCAAUGGUGGUGCCAUGCUGUACCGUUACAUCAUCGAGGCGCUCCACACCCACACGCCGUUUCAGAGCCUCAGAGUAGCCGGCACCAUUUUCGACAGCGCCCCUGGCAGAAGAAACUUGCGAGGAGCCCUUCGUGCCCUGGCGACUGUCCUGGUCUCCAUGAAUGUGCUGCUCAAGUAUUUCCUGCUGCUCACCUUUGCCAGCACGGCCAUCGUGCUGCGGAUCCUGCUGUACCCCCUGACCCGCUUCAUCCACCAGAGCCACUACGACGCGCUGCUGGAAGCGCCCUCGCGCUGGCCCGAGCUCUACCUCUAUUCCCAGGCCGACCUCAUCAUCAAGGCCAGCGAGGUUCAGCUCAUGGCCGAUGCCCGGCAGCAGCUCGGUGUUCCUGUGAAAGCCGUGGACUUCUCAGAUUCGCCUCACGUCAGCCACAUGCGGGUGUACCCCACCCAUUACCGCAGCCUCUGCACGACUUUCCUGUCUGACUGUGUCGGGGCCUCCCCUCCUUAGUGCUCUAAUGACCUCCAGUGUUUGCCUCUCCUUGCUCAGCUCCUCUGGGAAAUGUCACCUCCUUUGCUUUUGUGUCUUAGAAGUGAGGAAAGUAGAGGCUUCUUGUUUGGUUUGUUUGGUUUUUUCCCCCUGACCGUCUCCAAGUGUGAAAGCCUCCAGCCUGGCCUUUGGACCGGCCAUGUUAGAGCAGAACGUAGAUAUGGGUUAAUUUAAAGUCCUGAAGGUGAAAUUCUGUCAUGGUUCAUGUUGAUGUGCUCUACCAAGGUGUCACAGACCAGACUCUCACACUGAGUAUUAUUUGUUUCUUCCUGUCUCUUGUUCUCUGCUGUCCAUGUUGUCUCCUUGUCCCUGAUGUCCAAGGUCCAUGUUCUGUUGCUUGUAUUAAUUUUACAAUACAGCUCUUCCACGUCUUUGUUGUUUUGUUGGUUUUUUUUCUCUCUGCCAUUUCUUUUAUCUUGCAAUGAGCAAACAGAGCCAUGUCUGCAGGACUUCUGCUUUUCUCAGUGCAUCCCAGCUCUUGUUGUACUCUCCUUGCUGGAGAUCAGGCCCUGAAACCAAGUGUAACACCAGGAAAAGCUGUGUGUAGGGCAGUGUGACCAGACUGUCAUCUGGUUCCAUUAAAUAGCUGAGAUAAAACAGUCAGAGCUCUCUGAUCCUUGGUGGGAGCUCAAAUGUUUGUGAUAACUUUUGUGUUCUUCAACCCAGAGGUUUAAGCUAACAUUUUUGAAUGUGUCUAGUGUUUUGUUUCUCUUCCUUCCAGUCUUUUGUGUGUUCUACUGAGUAGUUUUGCUUCCUUGGAGAGCUACUUAUUUGUUAAUUGUAUGUCUUGAAGCAGCCUAUAUUUUGCAUCUGGAUAUUCAGGGAAAUUUUUGGAUUACAGCUGUGCCAGACUGCAGAAACAGAAAGGUGGAAUUGCAGAAGAAAAUGGAACUGUCUCUUGGAGCUAUGCUUUAUACUGGGUAUUUCUUAAAUCACCUCCACCCUACAAAUGACCAUGAAACACGAUGUUUUGUCUGUAAUGUUCUCUUCAGAUGAUCAGUCUUUGCAGUCCAUGCAACGUGUACAAGAAAUUAGUUCCUUCCACCUAGUGAAAAAGUA